GGCGCCCGAAAACGCUUCGGAAAAAGGCAUCGGGGGCAGCGCGCGUUCGUGUCGCCCAUUGUUAUCCUCGUCGCGUGUAAUGGCUACCGUAGAGUUUGUUGACGGUGCUCGGUCUGUUUCUUCGCGCAUCGGCCUAUCCUGAGCCACGGUACACGACGACGUGGACGAACACGAGGGAAAUAAAAGGGAGAAGUGCUGAACGCCGAGGUACCGCCAAUUUUAUGCAACCGAGAAACCCGCGCUUCGUAUACCAGUCGCCGCAGCCGCCACCGCGCUUGGACGACAUGAUCUGCGCGGGUCAACGCUGCUCGUUGACAAGCGUGUAACUGAAAACUGAUUUCGCGGCAUCGACGAAAAGUAAGAUCGCAGCGGCUUUGUGAUUAGUGUUAAUUUUAGCGGGAUCUAAGAUAUUAAGAAGGUGCAACAAAGCACUAAAUCGAUCGCCAUUGAUUUUCUACCGCGACCACGGCCCAACCGACACGAGGAACUUGUUCUCGGAUGUUGUAUAGGACGAAAUACUUAAAUCAGUUAUUAAGGUAUCACGAUCGUCAGGAAUAGUGUGACCAGUUGCGCGGUAUUCCGCGCCGGAAUCAUGGCAACUAAAAGAUCAUCCGUUUGGCACCCAGACAUGUAACCCGCGGCGCCCGUGUAGACUAUCACAUGGAGGGAGAAUGCUUCACGCUUAUCUAGAUGUAUCGGACUCGGUCGUAUUUCUGUGUAACGAAUGCCUACUGAUUGUGCAGGGUCAAAGGCAACACAUCAAUGGCCCUAGAAUCAAAUGGCAACAACGUGGUGUGGUUGAACACAACCCGUCCUGAUCAAAUACAACAGAGCCAACCAAUUGAGCAGCCAGUGAAGUGUUCCAUGUUUACUCAAACCGAGCAAACCAAUAGUUUUACUCAAACGGAGCAGAGCAAUUCAAGCUACGGCGAUCAGAGACAGCAGCAAGCAGCCAUGUUUGACCCGCAACAAAUACAGCAGCAACAAGCUGCUCAGGGUCAACAAUCACAGCAGCAGCAGUCUCAGCAAAUGUAUGUCACAACAGACAAGAAAGAGGACAAAUCUCAGCAGCAAUCAGCAACUGCAGAGUUCCCUUUCUAUUACAAUGUCAACAUGCUCCAGAAGGUUCAAACAAACGCGGUGAGCACGAUCGGUGCGAUCACAACCGACGACAAGGGUUGUUAUCGCUUUGAUGUGCAACCUGUCGGUUAUAACACAUUAUUGAAUCAGAUGAGUAUUGCGGCUGCCACCAAUGCGACCUUCAAAUGUGACAUUUGUGGUUUGGUCUUUGGGCACAUGAGCUUGCUGAAUCAUCAUAAACGGAUUCAUAAUACAACACCUAGUAAUCUUCAGCAACAACCGCAACAAGUUGUUGUACAAGCACCUACAACAGUUACUGUUGCAACAACUCCAGAAAGACCGUAUACCUGUGAUGUGUGUGGAGCAUGCUUUGCAUUACCAGGAGAAUUGAAGAGCCAUAAGACAAAUAUGCAUCAGAAACCAAAGGUGCAAAUUUGUGAAGAUUGUGGUAGCGAGGACCCCUGUGAACAUCAUCCUACUAAAAUUAAAAAGACUAUCAAACCCGGUCAUCAUCCUGUGAAACGAAGGGGUGUUACCAGUGUUACUAAAUGUCAUAAGUGUAAUGGCACAGGAAUCAUUUUUAUUGGUAAACACGACGAAAAACUAGAUUCUGGAAUCAGUUCCCUCGCAAAGUGUGGCGGCUGCAAGGCAACAGGCCGCAUCAUCAUAGGAAGCGGUAAACAGAACAGUCAAAACCAGGCAGAAAAACCGUUUCAUUGCAACGUCUGUGAUGGAACAUUCUCCAGAUAUUCGUCGCUUUGGUCCCACAAAAGACUUCAUUCUGGAGACAAACCUUUCAAAUGUGAAGUUUGUGGUUUAGCUUUUGCAAAAGCUGCUUAUCUAAAAAAUCAUGGACGGGUGCACACUGGUGAGAAGCCGUUUAAAUGCGGUGUAUGUGGUAUGCAAUUUUCGCAAAGUCCUCAUUUAAAAAAUCACGAGAGAAUUCAUUCUGGUGAACGUCCGUAUCAGUGUGAAGUGUGUGAAAAAACAUUUGCUAGACAUUCAACCCUUUGGAAUCAUAGAAGAAUUCACACCGGUGAAAAACCUUAUAGAUGUAAUAUAUGCGGUUCGGCCUUUAAUCAAGCUACACAUCUGAAAAAUCAUGCGAAAGUCCAUACUGGUGAAAAGCCGCACAGAUGUGAUAUAUGCGAGAUCGGAUUUUCCGAUCGUUUUGCAUUAAAGCGUCAUCGUGCAAUCCACGAAAAGUACGGGCAAACGGCCCGGAAUCAGAAUGCAAAUAAUCCGAGUAACGCACAGCAAGCGAACGCGAGUAAUCAACAACAGCAGCAACAGCAACAGCAGCAGCAGCAGCCCCAACAAGCACAGCAAGGCCAACAGGUUGUCGUGGUGAACACCACGACUCCUGUUACCGUCAGCCAAGGGCAAGGGCAAGCGGUAAUGCUCGAAGAAGUCUACAAGUGUCAGGUGACCUUCCCAGAGCCUAAAUGAUUCAGCUAGAGAAUACCUUUCAGGAGCUGGUAAAGGGGUUAAUUUUUUAACCCUUUUAAGAGGAAAAAAGAUACGCUAAUUAACAAUUGAGAAUGCGAUACACGUGCGUGGAAACGUUAUAAAUGUUGUUAAGAGAGACGUGGACAACAUUUCAGCAAGAGACAAGAUUCCAGAGUGAUUGGCAGCACGCUUCCCGUGCAGAUUCGGAUUCUGUGGGAGGAUAUUUGGUGACAGUCGGAUAUAAACGCAUUGAAAUAAUAAUGAAAUGAAUAUAUCAAAAUGGGGGAAAAAAGAUAACAAAGACUCGGCGAUAUUUUACGCGAGUGAGUAAUUUUCAUAUUAAAAAGAAAAACGUGACUCGGAAGAGUACGGCUCGUAAAAUAAUCGAAACGCUCUCCCGACCACGGUUAAGUAGUCAUGAAAGGUCUUUUGUGAAUGAAUACGAAAACGAUAUGAAAGGAUGGAAAAAGGAACUAAUAAUAACAAAUCUACUUUAUAUUUUCUCACUCGAGAUAAGCGCAUUAACUAGAAAUGUUUGACAUCAGGUUGAAUAACAAUUUCGUUCGUUCCGACGGUAUUGUAGUUACUUUCCAAUUCAUUUACAAAAAUCGAAUUGCAGAUAUUAGAUUCUUUUUUUUUUUUUUUUUUUUUUUUUGUUUCUUUUAUCUUUUAUUUACGUGGCUCGUCCGCCCCUCGCUCUACACGGAAUUUAAUAAAAAAAAUUUAUUGUAGUAAACGUAUUAUAUCGAGGUUUCAUGACUCAUUGAACGAUAAUAUGUGAUAGCUUUGACUAAAUCUUGGCUAGGCAGGAAGCGCGGUAACCUGAUCGCUUUGCCUGAUACUGGCAAUUUGUGCGUGCUGUGCAUAUUUACCAGCUGCAUGGAAAAUGUUUUCAAGCGAAAUCGAUACGCGAACGGCAAAUAAUAAUGUGCCUGAAGGAAUAUGAAAAGCAUUCGUUUGAAAACGCCUGAACCUCGGCCCUUUCUAAUAAUUUAAGUAGAGAAAAAGUAAAGAAAAGAACACAAUGACGAGACAGUAAUGGAAUGGAAUAUUGUUUUGAUCUAGCGAAUAAUUAAUUUGCCCGUCUCCUGUGUCCUUUUUAUAUUCAUUGAAAUUAAUCAUCGAAUUUAAUCAAUGGGAGAGAAGAAAAACGAGAAAAAUAAAAAUACAGAUCAUUAUAAAUAAAAGAAACUAUCAUCUUUAUACGCGCGUCUCUACGUUGAAACGGAAGUCGUGGUGCGGAUAUCGCAGAUUUGAGCGAGCCCUCUUCCGUCCAGUCAUUCGGGAUCACAAUAAAAAGAAUUGCGUUUAUUGCAAUGACAACGACCACGAUUAAAAGAAAAAAAAAAGAAAAAGAAAAAAUGACGGCAGGAGUAUAUCGCCACGCGAGGAAGAAUUUCUAUCUCACUUGGAGCUGCAAUAAUAGUAGUGAAUAUCGACCGGCAGACUAAUCUGUUUUAUAAUUUUAAGGCCGUGAACUAUAAUGGAUAUCAGUUACUAAAAAAGAAAAAAAAAA